CCCACCCCCUCUUCCAGAGAGACUGCGUUCCACAGCCGCGGCAGACGUGCACAGAUCAUGGCCGUGCUGCUGCGUACGCUGACCCGCUGCAGCCGCCGGAGCUGGCAUUUGCUGGCCCCGGGCAGCCGGUGGUGCUCUGGUGCUGGGGUCCCGGUAGAUGACACUGUGAACGGGCUGAAUGAAGAGCAGAAACAGCUCCGGCAUACACUGCGCAAGUUUCUGCAGGACCAUCUGGCCCCUAAAGCACAAGAAAUAGAUCAACAGAAUGAGUUCAAGGAUAUCCGGAACUUUUGGAAGAAGCUUGGAGAUCUCGGCGUUCUGGGUAUUACCGCCCCAGUGGAGUAUGGAGGAGCCGGCAUGGGUUACCUGGAGCAUGUUUUGGUGGUGGAGGAGAUCUCGCGGGUGUCAGCAGCUGUUGGCUUGAGCUACGGAGCUCAUUCCAAUCUCUGCAUCAACCAGCUGGUGAGAAACGGAAAUGAAGCCCAACAAGAAAAGUAUCUACCUAAGCUCAUCAGUGGAGAACACAUAGGAGCUCUCGCCAUGAGUGAGCCAAACUCCGGCUCGGAUGUGGUGUCCAUGAAGCUGAAGGCGGAGAAGAAAGGAGAUUAUUAUGUUCUGAAUGGCAACAAGUUCUGGAUCACAAAUGGGCCGGAUGCUGAUGUGCUUAUUGUGUAUGCAAAGACAGACUCCAGUGUUCAGCCAGCCUCACGCGGUAUCACUGCGUUCGUUGUGGAGAAGGGAACCCCAGGAUUUAGCACCGCACAGAAACUUGACAAGUUGGGGAUGAGAGGAUCUAGCACCAGUGAGCUGGUAUUUGAGGACUGCAAGAUUCCAGAGAAGAACAUGCUUGGCCAUAUUGGAAAGGGAGUCUAUGUGCUGAUGAGUGGUCUGGAUCUUGAGAGGCUUGUGCUCACCGGAGGCCCAUUGGGCAUCAUGCAGGCUGUUAUGGACCAUGCCAUCCCCUAUCUACACACAAGAGAAGCCUUCGGUCAAAAAAUUGGAUAUUUCCAGCUAAUGCAGGGGAAGAUGGCUGAUAUGUACACACGUCUUACAGCGUGCCGGCAGUAUACUUAUAAUGUGGCAAAGGCCUGUGACCAGGGACAUACCAAUGCUAAGGAUUGUGCUGGCGUUAUCCUGUAUGCUGCUGAAUGCGCUACCCAGGUGGCUCUUGAUGGCAUCCAGUGUUUAGGAGGCAACGGCUAUAUAAACGAUUACCCAAUGGGCCGCUUCCUUCGCGAUGCCAAACUGUAUGAGAUAGGGGCAGGUACCAGUGAGGUCAGGAGACUUGUCAUAGGCAGAGCCUUCAAUGCUUUGUACAAAUAGUCUGGUACUCUUCAGCUGUCCUUGGAUGCAAAUCAGCCGACCGCUAACCAAUCCGUUAAGAAAUAUGGACAAUUCCAAAACGGGUUCCCUUGAAAUUCUUGUAUAACAAGAGAUAUAAGGAAAACCCUACAUCACCCCUCUGUGUCAGAUGGCUCCACAAGGAUCUAAUGAACACGUAAUGAUGUGAAAGUAUUUUUGAUUUUAGAGUACAGACAUGUUAAUGUAUUGUUACAGUGGUGAGAACGAGCUUGUGCACAAGAAGCCCCGUUAUGGGAUAACUAGGAGAUCACUGAGCAACGGUUCAUGGUGCUGAAUGUAUAAACGUCACCUAUAGACCGGAAUGUACUAGAGAGACUUGUAACUCACUGCCGACCUCUGUCAGUGAGGGGUGACAGUUGCUGGGGUCAUAGGACCGGGCAGAAGGCUGUAUACAUUAUGUGUUUACUCCAGGCACAAAUAAAAGAUGAUUUCAUUUA